CUGGACGAUGGGAAUGCUCGCUGCUUGGGGUACCGUCCUGCUUUGAAAAAGCCCUAUCAGUAUCUCACUUACAAGGAAGUACUCGAAAAAGCACGUGACUUCGGAUCAGCCCUUAUCAACAAGCUUCAUCUCAAACCUGGCGACGAAACAUACCUCGGAAUUUAUGCCAGAAACUGUCCCGAAUGGUUUAUCAGUGCAUUCGGCUGCACGCUGCAGUCAGUCUCAAUCGUUCCCCUGUACGACACAUUCGGUCCCGAUGCAAUCACGUACAUUCUGCAGCAGAUUCAAAUGACGACAAUCGUUGUUGAUACGUUUGCAAAAGCCGAGAAACUCUUAGCAAAAAGUGAACUGUUCCCAUCGCUGAAAACUAUAAUCGUCAUUGAGGAGAAAUUGCCUGAAAAACUAACAGAGAAUUAUCGAACCGCUCAAAUUUACACCUUCAACGAGAUUCUGAAAGAAGGACACAACGAUAUUGCAGAAAUGAAUCUUCCGAAACCACAAAACACAUACAUCAUUUGCUAUACAAGUGGUACAACAUCAUUUCCAAAAGGUGUUAUCAUAUCACACAGAAACAUUGUCGCCAAUUUAUCAGCGUUCUAUCUGUUGCUGAAAAAAUUUUCGCCGGAUUUUUUCCUGCAUAACCCAUUUACAACGAUCUCUUACUUGCCUCUGUCGCAUAUGUUCGAACAAAUGUGUCACUGGUUUACGUUCCUGGUUGGUGGCUCCACAUCGUAUUACAGUGGCAACAUACAGUUACUAACCGAAGAUCUAGCCGAUAUUCAACCAAAUUUGUUACCUGUUGUUCCGAGACUGCUCAAUCGAUUCUAUGAUCUCAUUCAGGUGAAAUUGAAAAAAGGAAAUCCAGUGGUACGAGCGCUAUUCAAUUACGCUUAUCAAAAGAAGUUGGCAAUGUUGAAAGAAGGAAUAAUUUGCAACGAUACAAUAUGGGAUAAACUGAUUUUUCAACGGUUACAGGCGAAACUCGGAGGUAAAGUACAAUUCAUGGCUAUCGGUUCAGCACCAAUCAGCGCUGAAGUUCUUGAAACAUGUCGUGUAGUGUUUGGUGCAGUGAUUAUCGAAGGUAAAACUGAUUUUAGUGAAGAUCAAUUCUUAAUGGAUCAUGUUUCAUCUAGUGAGAACCUCAAAUUAUCUCUUUGUGAUGUUAAGGUAUGA